AUGGAGUCUGAAGAAACCAGUGAGGGAGGUACCACUCCACCAGAAGCCAGCAGCACCACUGUGGAAGCUCAGGAUUCUACAGCAGUCAAAAGAGAGCAUCAUGCCCCUCACGCAUCAGCCAAAAUGAGCACCAGCCUGUCUGACUCCGCAAAGGGAGCAGAGCUCAGCGUUCCCGAGGACUGCCUUUCUGCUCCAGGGAAAGCAGCAGAGAUGCUGGGCAGACCCUCUAACCCUGUGCAAAAAGUGCCAGCAGGACUGGAACAAGAGCAAGGCGAUGCAGAGCCUCAAAAGAGACUCUUAGAAUUGGAAGGAGAAAUGCUUUUAGAGGAGGGUGGACUGGAUUGUGCUCUGAAACUUAAGCAAGGAGAGCUGGUUGACCUGGAAAGCAACCAGGACUCUUCCUCUCUCAGCACAGUCCAGGAUGGGCCAGCCCCUGGCAACGCCAUCCUGCAGACUGUGGACCUCAGCACUGAAUUCCCUCAGUGCCAGGCAGAACUGGCUUUUUGUGGCUCAGAUCCUCAGGCCCAGCAUCCAAAAUCUCCUUUGGCUGAUGCCAUUUCCUCUCAGAGAGAGACACCUAAAUGCUUCUUGGUAUGUAAAACCAUUUCAGAGGGGCAUUAUAAGGCUGAGCCAUUUCUGGAUAAGAUCUCCACGGAUUCUUUGCAGGAGGUUGAUACUAGUGCAGAGCAGAAGCAAAGCAGCAAAAAAGUGGCACCAGCAACUGAUGAGCAACCUACCUCAGAGGAAGCAGUAGAGGAUAUGGCUAAACCGUACACUUCUGAAGAUGCUAAGGGAAGCAUAAGAACACUCCAGGGUUCGGAAGAGAAUACAGAGUCUUCCUCUUCCCAUCAAUUGUCUUCCACCUUAACAGAUGACAGGCAAAUAAGUUCACUACAAGCAGAAGGAAACAUCUCAGCUGGUAAAACAAGGAAUAGCAGCAUGGUCAAAGACCAGGGAACAGUAAUGGUUCCUAAAGAAAACUCAUUCACUUCCAAAUGCCUUUGUCUUGAAGAUGAUCACAGAAAAACAGAGGGCAGACCUGCCUCUCCAGCAGACAAUGCCUUCCAAGUAAAGGAUACUGCUAAAAAAAAUGAAGAAGUGAAUACUUCACAGCAUAAGGACCCAGUACAGGAGGAGGCAGUGUCUGAAUUAGAGCAGAAUCUGCCAGAAGAAGGAAUAUCUUUGGAGCCCAAAGAUCAGAAAAACAAGGAACGAAAUGAGCAGAAACAACAACUGCAGAGGGAAGAGCUCAAACUGGAGGCAGAGCUUGAACUGGAGGCUCUAUCAUCAGCUUUUGGGUCAGAGAUAUCUUCUGUUCCCAGGCAUAAUGUGGACUUGUGUGGCUUGGAGAAUGAUUUUUUGGCUGAGCAAACAGGAUCAGCAUUUCUUCCUGGGGAACCUGUCUCUGUGGAUCAGCAUCCUGGUGAGGAUGUACUGCUGAAAGCUCAUGUCACAGAAACAGGUUCUGGAUGUCAGCCACCCACUGUCAGCCCUCUGUCCUCAAAUAACCUGAACCCAGUGGGUGAAACUCCAAUCGUGCCUCCACACACAUCCCACAUCUCUGACCAGGCAGAAGACCUAGAAGACUCUGGCCGCUUUUCCAUCGGUGGUCAGGAUAUUGGAGAAGCUGACUGGGAUGACAGGACAAGACUGGGCAGGAAUGAUGAGCACAGUGAUGGGCAUGGAAAUGCUGUCCAGAGGUUUGAUAAGAGAGAUGCAUCACUCCACGGAGGAGUGGCAGCACCUUCUAGCGCAGAGAACCCAGAGGCUUCUGUUCCAGCACACCCUUCCUCUGGCACCAAGAACUUGGAGCCACCUGAUCCCAUAGGUCCUCAUCCCAUUACAGAAAAUGUGGGAAAAGCUGAGCUUCAGGAGUUCAUUCCAGUUUUUCCCUCAGAACUCACCUCUGUGGCUUCAACAUCUGGCCCACAGCAAGAGGGUGCUAAUGGAACAGCCUCUGUGGCCCCUGAGGACUGUCCUGGCACCAACCUGAACAAACUGCUGGACUCUGUAGGGAAGCCAGCCAACCAAGCUGCUUCUGUACAAGUGUGGGACCCAACAUCAGGGGAAAGUGCUAUUCUAAGUACUGAUCCAGGGGAGGCCAACACUUCCCAUGAACUCCUUAUUUCUGAGGAAGGCUUUCAUGAAGACCUCAGUGGCCCGUCUUCUUUCUCUGUAAUGUGCACGAGCUGUGUUCCUCUAGAGGGGCGCCUUCCUGAGGAUAGGAGGACUGUGGCUAUCAUUGCAGGGCCUCUGGAACCACCCCAAACACCAGGCAGGACUUCCACUCCCCUGAACCACCCAGAGACAAUUCAGCAAACCCCCCCAGAAAAAAGUGCCAUUAUCCAAGGGAAAGAAAUGGGAGCAAAUGCAGAUCAUGAAGCACAACAAAUGCCUUUACUUGAUCAGUCUGACUGCAGUUUAAACCAAAAAGAGCCUGGAUCCAGAAUCUCCAGUGUCCUGAGCACCCUAACUUGGCCCUCUGAAGAAGACGUGGUCCUUGCCAUGAACCACCCAGAACAACCUCUGUCCCCUGUGUCGCACUCAAGCCUACCUCUGGUGUUUGAGCCUGAUGCCAAACAGCUUCCUCAUCCUUCUUCCCAUGUCCAAAGCCCCAGGCAAGCUCAGGCCCCUGCACUUAAUGCAAAUCACCUUGCUCAACCUCCAGCCCUUGGAAGUUACCCGUCACUGGCUCCUGUACCCUACUCCAGGCCACAUCUCAACUGUGGUGUGGACGAUAAAAAGUUACUAGCCAUUAACCCUACUAUAAGCCAUCCUCUCCGGACUGCUGCCUUUGUGCCUGAUUCUAACACUGUGGCCUCUGCUUCUGAUGGAGAAGAUGUAGCAGAGAAAGGUGACCUUGUUCCAGUAACUAGAGAGUGGGAUCUUGGUGACUCAGGUACCCAUGAUACAGAGACUUCUGAUGACUCAGGGGUCAGUUUGUUGGCCAAAAGCUUUUCUGCUGUUGGAAGUGAAGUGUUAGCUGGCUGCUCUGCCACCAGCCCUGAAACAGUGGACCAGCACAUGGAUAUACAGUGUGGAAAAUCCUCACCUGACCACCCUUCUUGGCCCUCGCUGGAAGGCCUGAUAACAUCCACAGACUCCAAGAGCAGAGACUCUGCACAGCCACUUCCAAUGCUAGCAUUCACCAAUCCAAUCCACUUCCUCCAGCUCAGCCCUCCAUCACCACCAACCACCAGAACAACCUGCCAAGAGGAGGAGGUCUCAGGGGAGCUGCGAUGGGAGCAACAGACAGGCAUCUUUGGUGUGGAGACAAAGAACAUCCAAGCUCCACUGGAAAUCACGGAGAAAACAGAAGGUGAGAGGAGGGUCAAGCAAAGGCUGGAAGGAGAAGGAGGAGAACACCACUUGUUAGCUCAGCCAAAGGAGGAAAUGCCCAGACAUUCACCCUUGGAAAAAUCAUCAAGUUGGCCAGACAAAAAAACGAUCAGGGUAGUUGCACAGGAGCCAGCAGCCAACCAAGAAAACCCAAUUAAACGCCGAGUAAAAAGCAAGGACUGGCACCGUCAGGGCCUGAAGAGGACGUCAGUACCACCAGACAUCUUGCAGGAAAUUCCUUCUGUUCCUUCAGAAGAAGAAGCUCACAAGGCACACAGGGAACCACCAGUCAGUUCAGAAACAGUUAUAUUGCGAGAGAAGAAACCUGCAGAUGCAGUGGAGAACUUCAAACGCCGGCACUCCAAACUGAUCAACUCCUCAAGACUGCUGUAUCAGGAGUACAGUGAUGUGGUUCUGAACAAGGCUAUUCAAAGCCAGAAGAGAGUGGAUUCUUUCACAGAGGAUAUAGAGUCGAGUUUCCCAAGCUCCCCAAGGCUACGGAGGAAAGUGCUGUCUCCCCAGGACUCAUAUUUGCAACGUCUGUCAGUCUCAUCUAAUGCAUCCCUCUGGCAGGACAUCCCCAUGAUACGGGGCAGCAGAAUGCUACUCAAUAUGUCCCGUGAUGAGCAGAAGCUGCAAGAGGCCAAGUUUGAGUUGAUAAUGUCUGAGGCUUCAUACCUGCGCAGUUUAAAUGUGGCAGUGGAUCACUUCCAGCGAUCAGCAGAGCUCCAGGCAAUGCUCACCAAUCAAGAGCGUCAGUGGCUUUUCUCUCGCCUUAAUGAUGUACGCGAUGUCAGCGCCAGUUUCCUCUUUGACUUGGAGGAGAAAUUUGAGGAGGACAUGUUCACCUUCCAUGUGUGCGAUGUGGCUCUGAAACAUGCCCCCGAGUUCCGCAGGGUGUAUCUACCAUAUGUAACAAACCAGACGUAUCAGGAGCAAACCUUCCAGCGGUUACUAAAUGGAAAUGCAGGGUUCCAGCAAGUCCUGGAGAGACUGGAAAGUGAUCCAGUAUGCCAGCGCCUCUCACUUAAAUCCUUCCUCAUCCUCCCUUUCCAGCGCAUCACUCGACUCAAACUCCUCCUACAGAAUAUCCUGAAGAGAACUCGGCCGGGGUCUGAGGAGGAAGUGCAAGCAACACAGGCCUAUGAUGCACUUGAAACGCUCAUCAAGGAUUGUAAUGAAAAUGUCCAGCGCAUGAAGAGCACUGAAGAGCUGAUCUACCUCAGCCAGAAGAUUGAAUUUGAGUGCAAGAUAUUCCCACUCAUCUCACAGUCGAGGCGACUUGUGAAGUGUGGUGAGUUGACAGCACUGGACUUCAACACCCUGAGUCCAAAAUGGAAAGUCACCACCCGUCCCAUCUACCUACAUCUUUUCAAUGACUGCCUGCUCCUGUCUCGGCCGAAGGAGGGUGGACGUUUUGUUGUGUUUGAUCAUGCCGCUUUCUCGGAUGUGCGUGGGGAGAAGUGCGAGAUGAAACUGCAUGGAACAAACAAAAAUGUUUUCCGUCUCUUUCUACUUCAGAAUUACCAGGGAAGAACAGAGACACACAGUGAGAAGCUGAGGUGGAUCUCUGCUUUGGCUCCUCCACGAGGAGAACUGGACCUCCUGGAAUGCCCUGAUGCACCACAGGUUCAAUGCAUAAAGACUUACAAGGCUCGGGAAAAUGAUGAGCUGGCAUUGGAAAAAGCAGAUAUCAUCAUGGUUAUGCAGUACAGCAAUGAUGGAUGGAUGGAAGGAGUAAAACUUUCAGACCGGGAGAGAGGCUGGUUCCCCUCAGAACACGUGGAACACAUCUCCAGCAAACAUGCGCGGCAGAAGAACCUGAAGGAGGAACAACGUGUGAAGAAUGCCAAGCAGCAGGUCUUCUGCAAGAAAUAAGACUCUACUUUGGUUGGACCUGUACAGUCUCCCUGCCAUGGGGAAACCAUCUUUUUUCUAUUGUGCCUCAGAAGAAACACCUCUGUGAAGAGCGUAAUACA